AUGACUAUUUUGAAACCCCAUUUGAUCAAUUCUCCUUUUCACCCUCUAGCAUACGUUAUCUUAGAGCAGUACUGUCCCGCGGGCUACGACAGGAUUUUUUCCGUUCUACUUUUCGUAAGUGGCGUUUUAUCCUUUCUUGCAUGCUCCCUAAGCGACCCCGGUAGAAUAUCCCAUACCUCCUUGGAUAAACACCUAAAAUUUUACCCCUACGACGAAGUCAUUUUUCACCAAAACAAUAUAUGCAGCACUUGUCAGAUGUUGAAACCUGCGCGAAGUAAACAUUGUAAAUAUUGCUUGUCAUGUAUAUCUCGCUACGAUCACCACUGCUUUCUGUUAAAUAAUUGUAUCGGUGGAUAUAACAGCAUUUAUUAUCUUGCUUUCAUUUGCACAAAUGCCACAGUUGCCUUUCAUUCUUUCUACAUAACUUUUCGCUGCCUUUAUAACAUCAUCAAAUAUGAAAACCUUCUGAAAGGGUUCAUAAAAAACGUGCAGGAUGUGUUGUUUUACAAAAAAAACGUGGAAGACUUUUUUAAAAAAAAUUCAUAA